AUGGCCGCCCAGCGGCGCAGCGAAGCGGCCGAGGCCGACCCGCCUCUGAUGCAAGCUGACCUGGCUGCGGACGAGGCACGCAGCCACGCAGCGCCAGCAGUCAUCGUCGUGCCGUCCUUCCCACUAGGCCGCACACUCGCCGGCAUCGUGCUUGGCGCCUUCGUGGUGCCAGCGGCGCUCAUGGCGCUGACGUAUGGGUUCGUUCAGCUGCCUUCUCUCUGGCAGGCUACCUCACCGUCGGGUUAUGCGUCCACAAGCCCGGCUCGUGUCGAGCUCACGCUCGCCUCCUUCAACUUGCGCUUCGACGGACAUGCCAGCUCCUCACCUACGCGACGGCUUGUCUCGAAGCUCAAGCUAGGCGAUGCGCCUACUGCGUCGUCGCUCGAGGAUGAAGGACAGCCUGUAGACGGACGUCAGUGGGGCGAGCUGAGCUGGAGCACGCGGCGGCAUGCCGUUGCAGACAUCGCGCUGUUUCACAACUGGGAUCUGUUUGGGCUGCAGGAGAUGCUGCCGAACCAGCUGCGCGACAUUGUCGCCCUGCUGGGCGCCAAGACCGACGGCUUGCCAGCCGGCCAGCCUGCGCUGCCGCCGCUGCCGUCGGGAGAGGCUUACAAGUACGACUGGGCCGGCGUGCCGCGCAACGAUGGGCGGUCGGCUGGCGAGGCGGUGCCGAUCUUCUGGAAGAAGGAGCUCUUCGAACGCGUGCCGCACAAGAAGGGCGGCACGGGCACGCACGGCGUCGAGCACUUCUGGCUGAGUCCGAGUGGAGAGCCGGGCAGUGUCGGAUGGGAUGCAACACGCAUGUGCACGCACGUCGCGCUGCGGCUUCGACAGAGUCCGCGGCAGAUCCUGCAUGCCAUCAAUUGCCACUACGACCACAAGGGCUUGCUUGCGCGCGCAGAGUCAAGCAAGAUAGUGCUGCGCAAGGCGAGAGAAGCGGUGCAGUGGAGUAGGCAGAUGCAGGGAGCAGAGGGCGAAGAGCCACUGGUCGUCGUCUUGGGCGACUUCAACUCGCCACGAACUGAAGCAGGCUGGCAGAACCUCGUCACCGGGCAUCACAAUACGUCGUUCGGCGCGGCAGGCAGCGAGAGCUUCACCUUCAUCGAUGCAGUGCUAGCGGUCCCUCUGCGCUUCCCGAAUCGUCAGCAGCCCAGCUCCAGCUCGGCCGUCGAACACGAUGCCAUGCAGCCCAAGUCUCCCGACUCCGUCCUUCACGCUCGCGGCCGACUCUCUCAGCCUUACGGCCCCGACCGUACCUUUAUCGACUUCUAUCCGCGCUCCGAGACCGCAGAGCAAGAGCGCAUCGACUUCAUCCUGCUCUCCGACUCGGGCGCUGUGCGCUCUGCCGAUUCACUGGCGCUGCGGCAUGCACGCAAUGCUUGGAGCAUAGAGACGGCGGGAGUCGUACCCGCUUGGAGUGGAGCGGACGCUGGCUGGCAGGUCAGUGAUCACCAUGCUGUGCAGGUGCGCAUUCAACGCCGCUUGGCAUGA